UCCGAGUAAAACUGGAUCCAAUGGUGGAUCGUGAAUCAUCUUCUCGUCGAUGCGAGUGGACAAAAGUGAUUUUGCAGAGAUUUCAAUGAACAACAAGACUUGCCGUUGGAUCGCUUUCUCUUCCUUGGCAAUUCCGUCGAAUCUCUACCGAUUUCAACAAUGACGACUUCAGAUUCGAGCUCUUCUUCUUCUUCAUCAUCCGCCAACGAUUUCGCCGAUCGGAACCCUAGCACCGAUCCGGGGACGAAUUCGGACCGUGUUCAAAGUCAGUUGGAGUCAAUGAAUCUGUCUGAGCCAAGCGGAGUCUCUGAUGGAAGCCCCACCGAUGAUGAUGACGAGGAGGUUGCAUCGGCCAACGGGAUUGAAGGCGGGGAGGAGAUAGAGGCGUUGCCAAGGGCGGGGGAGCAUCCGGUGGAAAUGGAGGCAGGGGAGGAGCCGCCGAGUCCGACGAGCAGCGGUUACGAUGGGGAGAGAGGGAGCAGCGGCGGAGCUUCCUCUACCUACAAAGCUGACGAGGAUGAGAUUCGGGAAGCUAAUGUGGACGCUGACACCGCCUCGCAGCAUGAAGCCGCGUGGUUGCCUGGGAAACGCCAUGUCGACGAGGAUGAUGCUUCUCUUUCGUGGAGAAAGAGGAAGAAGCAUUUCUUUAUAUUGAGUAACUCCGGAAAACCCAUAUAUUCCAGAUAUGGAGAUGAACAUAAGCUUGCUGGAUUUUCAGCUACUCUUCAAGCUAUUAUUUCCUUUGUUGAGAAUGGUGGUGACCGUGUCAAUUUAGUCAAGGCAGGAAAACACCAGGUUGUCUUUCUCGUGAAAGGGCCAAUAUACCUGGUUUGCAUCAGCUGUACAGAUGAAACAUAUGAGUAUUUAAGGGGGCAGUUGGAUCUUCUUUAUGGUCAGAUGAUAGUGAUUUUAACAAAGUCAAUAGACAGAUGUUUUGAGAAGAAUGCAAAGUUCGACAUGACACCCUUGCUUGGAGGGACAGAUGCUGUCUUCUCAUCUCUUGUCCAUUCAUUUAGCUGGAACCCAGCUACAUUUCUACAUGCCUACACUUGUCUUCCCCUUCCGUAUGCGUCGAGGAAAGCUACAGGGACAGUAUUACAAGACGUUUGCGCGUCUGGGGUCUUGUUUGCACUGCUAAUGUGCAGACACAAGGUUGUCAGUCUUGCUGGUGCACAGAAAGCUUCUCUCCAUCCCGAUGACUUGCUUCUACUCUCAAAUUUUGUCAUGUCUUCAGAAUCAUUCAGGACAUCAGAAUCUUUCUCACCAAUCUGUCUACCAAGAUACAAUCCUCAGGCCUUUUUGCAUGCCUAUGUCCACUUCUUCGAUGAUGAUACAUAUGUGAUAUUGCUUACCACGCGUUCAGAUGCCUUCUAUCAUCUCAAAGAUGGCAGGGUUCGUAUCGAGGCUGUUCUUGUCAAGUCAAAUAUCCUUACUACGGUUCAAAGAUCAAUCGCUGAAGGUGGAUUGCGUGUUGAGGAUUUGCCAAUAGACCGCCGGCUUAGACAGAAACCAUCAUCUACUAAUAAUCAGGGACAAGAUUCAACGGAGGUAUCAGUGGGAACUGGAGGUCCCUUUGGACUUUGGCAUUUCAUGUAUCGCAGUGUAUACUUAGAUCAAUACGUUUCCUCUGAGUUCUCACCUCCAGUAACUAGUCACAGACAACAGAAAAGUCUAUACCGAGCAUACCAGAAACUCUAUGCUUCAAUGCAUGAGAAAGGAUUGGGACCCCACAAGACUCAAUAUAGAAGAGACGAAAACUACAAAAAAGAGCUUUGCGAAAAUUGCUGCAGCUCUGCUAUGCUGGGUCACACCAGAUUUUGAACUCUACGCAGCAUUUGAUCCCCUUGCAGACAAGGCGAUGGCGAUAAAGAUAUGCAAUCAGGUGUGCCAGAGGGUAAAAGAGGUGGAGAAUGAAGUGUUUUUGCAAGGAGCUAGCCCUUUCUCUUGGUGAUAUAUAUAUAUAUACGUUUGGGGUUUUUUCUACUAUGUUUGAUACUUACAAUUACCAAAUCUUGUACUUUUAGAAGCACACCUCCUUUUCUUUGCUUCUGAAGUAAUAUGGCAAUAAUGUGUAAUUCAUUGGUGUAUCGUAACCAGAAGCUCUUGUGAUGCUUCUCUUCUGUGAAACCAGAAUACUUUUUGUAAUGAAUAGUCAAACAUUUAGAAUUAGUUUAUGAAUC